AGGCUCCUGACGUGGGGCGGGGAGAUGUGAAGCGCGGAGUGGAGGCUUUUGGUGAAGGCGGCCGCCGCUGCUGCUGCUGGAGGGGCGGCAGCAGAGAGGGGCGGAGCGGUCGCCUGGGCUUCCUCCUCCGGGGCCCCGCCGCAGAAAACGCGAGCGGGGAGGUGGUGGCCGCGCUCUGCCGAGCCCGCCAUGGGGAUUCGCAAGAAGAGCAGCAAGACGCCUCCCGUGCUCAGCCAUGAGUUCAUCGUGCAGAACCACGCGGACAUCGUCUCUUGCAUGGCCAUGGUCUUCCUGCUCGGGCUGAUGUUCGAGGUUACAGCAAAAGCAGCAGUGGUCUUUGUUACACUUCAAUACAAUGUUACCAUUUCGGCCACAGAAGAACAACCUAUGGAAACAGUCACACUUUAUCACUAUGGCAUCAAAGAUCUGGCUACUGUUUUCUUCUACAUGCUGGUAGCAAUAAUUAUACAUGCUAUUAUUCAAGAGUAUGUGCUAGAUAAAAUUAACAGGCGAAUGCACUUUUCCAAAACAAAGCACAGCAAAUUCAAUGAAUCUGGACAACUCAGUGCAUUUUACCUUUUCUCCUGUGUUUGGGGAACCAGCAUUCUCGUUUCUGAGAACUAUGUAUCUGAUCCAACCUCACUCUGGAGAGACUACCCGCAUACAGUAAUGCCGUUUCAAAUGAAGUUUUUCUACAUCUCACAGUUGGCAUACUGGUUCCAUGCUUUUCCAGAACUCUACUUCCAGAAGACAAAAAAAGAAGACAUUCCUCGCCAACUUGUUUAUAUUGGGCUUUAUCUUUUCCAUAUCACAGGAGCUUAUCUGUUAAAUUUGACACAUCUUGGGAUGGUUCUCCUUGUGCUACAUUACUUUGUGGAAUUUCUCUUCCACAUCUCUAGACUGUUUUACUUCAGUGAUGAAAAAUACCAAAAAGGGUUUUCACUUUGGGCAAUUCUUUUUGUGUUGGGAAGACUUCUGACCUUGAUUCUUUCUGUCCUCACUGUUGGAUUUGGCCUUGCUAGAGCAGAGAAUCAAACAUUGGAUGUUAGCUCUGGAAACUUCAAUGUGCUGCCAAUCAGAAUCAGUGUGCUGGCCUCCAUCUGUUUAACUCAGGCCUUUAUGAUGUGGAAGUUCAUUAAUUUUCAGCUGAGAAGGUGGAGAGAACAUUCCUCCCCUCCCCAACCAGUAAAAAAGAAGUUUGUGACAACUAAAGGAAAACCACCCAAAAAAGAAAGAGAAAAUGGAAUAAAUGGAACACUAACCUCAAAUGGAGCAGACUCGCCUCGAAGCAGAAAAGAAAAAUCCUCUUAAAAAGAACUUUAAGUUAAUUGACUAAUAUCCCCAAAGAGAACUUCUUUUUACGUUGGAAACUCCUUCAGCGCCAGAGUUCUUAACUGUUAAUAAAAUAAAAUCAAUGCUUUUUGAUUAUUGCUACCAUAAUGGUUUUCGUGCAACUUUUUAAAACAUUUUAACUGAAAAGGGGGCCAACCUUAUUUUUAUCAUCUUUGAAAAUGUUUUUAUCAGAAUUACCUUGCCAAAAAUCAGUAACACAGCCUGUCAUUCCUUCCAGUUUUCCAGUUGUGAUGUAGCCCAUUCCAAAAGUAUGAAGUUUGUUUGAGAAUUUCAACUUAAAAGUAAUACCAUAUCUGGUUUUAGAUAGUCUCUAAUGUUUAGGUGUAUGUUAUGAUUUUUACAACUCGGAACUGAAUUUGGAAAGCACCAAAAUAUGUAGGUAAUGUCUACAGUGGUUCAAGAAAUUCCCUUAUUAAAACACAGUUGGACUGAUUGAAAUGUCCCAGAGUAUAUAUGUGUGUGUGAGAGUGUGUUGUCAAGGGAUAUCUUGUGUAUAUCGUGGGUAUUGUUGGAAUCAAAGCGUUUUGUGGUUUAGGGCAUCCUAUCCUGAGAAGCAGCUACAAAACAUGUUUACAUCUUAAAUACGUAUUAAGUUGCUGCUAGAGCAGUUUUCAAUUUGGCAUGGUAGCUCUUUCAGUAUUGUCCUUUUUUUUUUCUUCCAUCUGAUUUUGCUGGGGGUCAGUUAGCUUUGUGCAGCCAGUGAGAGAGCUAAAUUCCUUGACCUAGCUCUCUGAAUCUUUAGGACAGCAUAGAAGUGGGAGCAGCGCAUAAAACACUCAAAUAAGUGUUGCAAGAGGUGGUUAUGAAGGAGCAGCUGGCUAAAAAUAGGGUUCUGCUUAUUAAAGAUCAGUGCAAGGAAAGUUUAGACUGCUGUUGCAGCUGCUGAGGGAAAAUAACUGCAUCCCUACCACCGUCUCCAUUCUUCCCCAGAUCAGUCAUAGAUGGUAUUGCUUGGGGUUAUCUGUAACCUUGGUAUUAUAGUGUGAGGACGGAACUGUCUGACUAAAAGAAGCAUAACAUGCAUGGCAUGCAAGUUGUCCUUUGGAAUAGCUGUGAUCAUGAAAUGCAUAUUGUUUUUCCACAUCAAAAUACUAUUGGGAUAUCACUUGAGGAUCAUCUUGUUUUAAUCAUACUAUAUAAAUAUACCAGGUAGAAUUCUUGCAGUUUAGAACUGUUAUGCAGCACCAAAUAGUCAAUGCUGAGGAGGUAGGCUUGACUAUUCCUCCACUGGGUCAUGGUGGUGGUAGAAAGUACCAUCAAGUUGCAACCGACAUAAGGUGACCCUAUAGGGUUUCGAGGCAAGAGAUGAAUAGAGGUGGCCUCUCUGUGUAGCUACUUGGGAUCUACUUGGUUGUCUUCCUUCCAUGUAUGAACCAGGAACAAUCUUGCUUAGCUGUCAAAAUCUGACAAUCUCAGGCCAGCCUACUCUAUGCAGGUCAGGGACCAGUGAAUUUUACAAAGGUCCACAUAAUCACUUCAGAGUGGAAGCUGAAUGUAGGUGUUUCUACAGGAUGUUGCCACGUACAAAAAGGAAGCGUUCUCUAAAAGGCCACAGAAGUCCCUCUGCUUUACUAAUUCACUUUACUUACACAGUUGGGUGGCAUUUAACUGGAGCAAGAACAUGCUUUUGUAAUGGAGAUUUCAUUGUGAGGUUUGACCAUCUCGACCAGAUCAUUGGUAUCACUGUAUUUGGGAGGAGAAAAGCUCAGUUGCCAGCUCUGAUAUCUGAAAGGGGAAGAAAUGUCAACCUUCCCUGACAGUCCUUUACUUGAUUUAAAAGUGUUAUAAUCAUAAGAGUUGGAGCAUCUAGCACAGUGGUUCUCAACCUGGGGGUCGGGACCCCUUUAGGGGUCAAACGACUCUUUCACAGGGGUCGCCUAAGACUCUCUGCAUCAGUGUUCUCCAUCUGUAAAAUGGACAAAUGUUAGGGUUGGGGGUCACCACAACAUGAAGAACUGUAUUAAAGGUUCGCAGCAUUAGGAAGGUUGAGAACCACUGAUCUAGCAGUACCACUGCAGUUGAAAAAAAUAUUGUUAUGCUUGAUUAGAACACUUAGUUGCAGGAGUGUAGACGUCUCGUUGCAUGGUUUAUAUGACCAGGAUGAUCCAACAUCAACCGUGCAGAAGGAGCCACCCAAACCAUGUCAGGUGUCACAGUGUGAAUGACUUACAAAACUACUGUUAUCUUCUAUGUGUCUCUGACUUUGUCUCCUACAAUAGAGAUGGCAAAUUAAUGUUCUGUUCCCAUGAAGUGGGAUAAAACUGGCCCACCUUUUUUGGGCAUAGUUUCCCAACUACUCAUUGAGCCCACAAUAUGGACUCUGCCUUCAGGCUUCUCACCACUCGAACAACCGUACUUCGAUGGAGUAUGUCUGCAUUCUUUGAGGCUAGCAUGUCCAUACCUGCAGAAUCUUAAGACAAUAUUUCAUUGCACUCUGGAUUAAGAGUGUGGUGUUUGAAUGUUUUCCUAGCUGGAAUAACUGGAUUACUUUGUUCAGUUGCAUUUCAUGUAAGUCUUCAUUAAUUUUAGCUUUUUUUUUCCUGCCUGAGGCAGAGCUUUAUAAAAAUUCAAACCACCUCACAAAAAUGGUUCCAAUACAAUGUAAUGGUAACUGUAUGCAUUUUUUUUCCACAAAUGAGAUCGUGCCUGAUUACAUUUAAGAAAGAUUUUUUUCAAGAUGUAUUGGGAAUAACAAGAGUUUGAUAUACUAUUGUUCCUUUAAUGUACAUUUCUAAUAAAUUCUUAAUAAAAUAGUGAAAACGUA